UCUGAUAGUCUGAGUCUCUCAGAAUGAAAACAGGGAGUAAGUAGUGAGUUGGAACGGUGGCCUCAGAGUAAAGUACUAAAUGCAGAGUCAAGUGGGAGUCUUGGACUCCUUAAAGCAAAUGAUAUGCUGGGCUUAUUCCUGGAAGGAGCUGCAUAUUGAAAGAAUGAGUGGAGGUGGUAUAUCCCCUCUCCAGAAAACAUAUGGCAACACUUGGGAAUGUUUAAAUAGAACAACACAUUUUGAAGGGGGAAGGGAGAAAGCACGCUGAUGGCUUCAACGUGUGUCCCAUGGGAUUUACCAGCGCUCCUGAAGGUUGGUUUGGGUUUUUCUCUUCAGGCUUUAAUUGUUUUCCUUUUCUCUCUUGCUGGGGCUGGCAGAGUGAAGCUCAGUUCUGCAUUUCUUCUGCUGAGUGGUGAAAUCCUGUUGAAUCUUCAAACUGGCGAUGUCAAGAGUGCCGAGUCCUCCCCCUCCGGCAGAAAUGUCGAGUGGACCUGUAGCAGAAAGCUGGUGCUACACUCAGAUCAAGGUAGUGAAGUUUUCCUACAUGUGGACCAUAAACAACUUUAGCUUCUGCCGAGAAGAAAUGGGUGAGGUCAUCAAAAGCUCAACCUUUUCAUCUGGAGCCAAUGAUAAACUCAAAUGGUGUUUACGUGUGAACCCCAAAGGCUUGGAUGAAGAAAGUAAAGAUUAUCUAUCCCUCUAUCUGCUGCUGGUGAGCUGUCCCAAAAGUGAAGUUCGAGCCAAGUUCAAAUUCUCCAUCCUGAAUGCUAAAGGAGAAGAGACAAAAGCAAUGGAGAGCCAGCGAGCCUAUCGAUUUGUACAAGGCAAGGACUGGGGGUUCAAAAAAUUCAUUAGAAGAGACUUUCUUUUGGAUGAGGCCAAUGGACUUCUUCCAGAUGACAAACUCACUCUCUUCUGUGAGGUGAGCGUGGUACAGGACUCUGUCAACAUCUCUGGCCAGAACACCAUGAACAUGGUGAAGGUGCCCGAGUGCCGCUUGGCAGAUGAGCUGGGAGGGCUCUGGGAGAACUCACGCUUCACUGACUGCUGCCUGUGCGUGGCAGGCCAGGAGUUCCAGGCUCACAAAGCCAUACUAGCAGCGCGUUCCCCGGUCUUCAGUGCCAUGUUUGAACAUGAGAUGGAAGAGAGUAAAAAGAAUCGUGUGGAGAUCAAUGAUGUGGAGCCCGAAGUUUUUAAGGAAAUGAUGUGCUUUAUUUACACGGGGAAGGCACCAAAUCUGGACAAAAUGGCUGAUGACUUGCUGGCAGCUGCUGACAAGUAUGCUCUAGAACGUCUGAAGGUGAUGUGUGAGGACGCCCUGUGCAGUAACCUGUCUGUGGAAAAUGCAGCUGAGAUCCUCAUUCUAGCUGACCUACAUAGUGCUGAUCAACUGAAAACUCAAGCUGUGGACUUCAUUAACUAUCAUGCUUCUGACGUCAUGGAGACAUCAGGCUGGAAGUCUAUGGUAGUGUCACAUCCCCAUUUGGUGGCUGAGGCAUAUCGCUCUCUGGCCUCUGCACAGUGUCCCUUUCUGGGACCCCCACGUAAGCGACUGAAGCAAUCCUAAAGUCGUCUUUGUCACACCACCCCAUGUUUUUCUGGAAGCAGCAUCAUCCGUUGCUGCUGUAACCUUGACCACCAGGUAGACAGCGAAAUCUGUGGAGCUUUUACUCUGUUGUUGGGGGGAAGAGACUGCUUCGUGACACCCAGACUUUUUAAAACAGCACCAAGUAACUUGGGGAGAGGGGGGAGGGUGGGCCUGGGGCUCUGGGGCUGUUCAACCUAACGAAUCCCUGUCGCUGCAUCGUCUGUGUGUUCCCUUCGACUUGGCUGAGUCAAUUAAGUCCAGGGUUCGGUUUAGGCACCAACCCAAGUCACAAUAACCCAGCAGAGGUCCUGGGCAAAACAACGUCUCUGCGUCUGGCAGCACAGAACGAAUCGUCAGAUGCCUGGAGCAAGAGGACAUUUUAGCUUUGGAGAGCAUUGGAGGGUUAAAAAGAAUUCCCAGGGAGGUUCUGGAAAGGAAAGACCUGAUGGGAGCUCCAGUAGUAUUUAUAUCAAAACAAAACAAAGAGAAUUUAAGUCCUUCCAGCUGAGCUAAAAACUGGACAUUUGUGUAACUCCUUAUUGCCAUCCAGCAACAAGAUCAGUUUCUCUGUUAGUAGCACUUGUAUGUUAAUUGCAAAAAAACAAAACCCAAGAACCCCCCCUCCCCCUUUUAUAGGCAGGUUGAGGUGAAGGGGACAGCGAAGGGCUGUGUGUUCUGGCGGGGGUGAGAGCCUGAAGGCAGCCUUUGGGCAAGGCUUGGUUUGAAAGGACUAUAGAAACUCCUGGCUGUGGAGCGUGCUGUCUGACGAGAACAACGGUUCCUGGUUUUAGAUAUUGUGGGAAAUGUUUUUGGCA